GCGAGGUCGCGGGAGGAAAACAAACAGAAGCGACUGGAAGCCAAGCGUUGAGAGGGGGGUCGUAGGCAGCAGUAGCUCGUUGUCAAUGAAAUCAUAGCUCUCGACAGCAACAAACCACGGCAACCUGCACCCUUAACACUCUCCCAUCGUAAUCAUACAUCUGUGCCGAAUCCCCGAAGCCUUCUGCUCCCAGAGACUGGGUCUGAGAGGAACGGAUUUGUUUUCAUUUAAGUUCGAGGCGCUGCAGGCGCUGGGUUGGAGGGGAAGGGGAAAGGGAAAGUGGGGUGAGAGGGAGCAGCGAAUUACCCCCACCCCCGGCAACAUAAACAGCCCUUCGAACCGAUCCCGAUUUCUUUGCAAAUAUGGCAACAGAGGCAGAGCCGAAAUUCAGCAAUCCUCCAGCAGCAGAACUUGACAACAGUACUAGUAACAUGUUGUCUGGAGAUGAAGAUCAAACUGAAGCCAUUAUACUGCCAAAUGAAAUCAAUGGGAACUGGAUAUCACGAGAGACGUCCAUUCAUGAAGCUCGGCUCAAAGCCAAAGCCAAGAGACGUUUGAGGAAGAACUCGUCUCGGGAUUCUGGGCGAGGAGAUUCUCUCAGUGAUAAUGGGGAGAGUAGCCGAAAUGUUAUUCCCAAUAGCCCAAAGGGAAAAAUGUUGGACAGGAAAUCACGGAUGGGGAAAGGAAGAGGACUGCCUAAGAAAGGUGGAGCAGGAGGUAAAGGUGUCUGGGGCACACCUGGUGAAGUGUAUGAUGUGGAAGAAGUGGAUGUCCGAGAUCCCAAUUAUGAUGAGGAUCAGGAGAACUGUGUAUAUGAAACGGUGGUUCUGCCUUUAGAUGAAGGCGUUUUUCAGAAAACGGUGACUCCAAUUGUACAAGAAUACUUUGAACAUGGUGACACUAAUGAGGUUAUGGAACUGCUGAAGAACUUGAAUCUUGGAGAAAUGAAAUGUACAGUGCCAGUGUUAGCGGUAUCGUUGGCUUUAGAGGGGAAGGCCAGCCACCGAGAGCUUACCUCCAGACUUCUGUCUGACUUGUGUGGGAAAGUGCUCACUACAAAUGAUGUGGAAAAAUCGUUUGAUAUGCUGCUGAAGGAGUUGCCAGAACUAGCCUUGGACACUCCUGGAGCACCACAUCUGGUAGGUCAGUUCAUCGCAAGGGCUGUGGCAGAUGAAAUCCUGUCAAAAACCUAUAUUGAAAGCUAUAAAGGAAAGGUGGACUGCGAGAAUGCCAGAGCUGCUUUAGGUAGAGCAACCGUGCUGCUCAGUAUGAAGAGGGGUGGUCUGCGUUUGGACAAUGUAUGGGGAACGGGAGGUGGACAAAGGCCCGUUGAACAGCUUGUCCAAGAGAUUGACAUGUUGCUGAAGGAAUACCAAGUGUCUGGAGAUGUAGGAGAAGCUGAACGUUGUCUGCGGGAACUUGAAGUGCCACACUUUCACCACGAGCUUGUGUACAAGGCUAUAGUGAUGGUUCUUGAAUCAACUGGGGAAACCACCGUUAAAAUGAUACUAAAGAUGCUGAAAUCCUUGUGGGAAUCUAUCAUCACUGUGGACCAAAUGAACAGAGGGUUUGAGCGUGUAUACAAAGAAAUUCCAGACAUCCAUUUAGAUGUGCCGCAGGCUUACACGGUAAUGGAACAGUUUGUGGAACAGUGCCAUCAAAUGGGGAUCAUAGUGAAAGAGCUGAGAGAUCUUUGUCCCUCUAGGGGACGCAAACGCUUCGUAAGUGAAGGAGAUGGCGGACGCUUCAAGUGAAAAAAGUUGUCAGAUGAAUGGCACGUGUUCCUUCAUUUAAAAAAAAAUUUGUGCAGUCAUAUUUUGAUUAUAGCUUUUCAGUCCACACAGUUCAUAUUACUUGUGAACUUUGGGGAUGGGUUAAACCUCAUUAAAUAUUUGAGUGCAUUCACUGCGAAAACAGAACCAAAAAGCACUUAACAUGUAGGGUAUAGAUUUUCUUUUUCCAGGGAUGGGGGUGGUGUUGGAAUCGAAUUUACAACAGUGCCGCAUGCUUGUGGUAAUUGAAAAUAAGCUACUUAAGGGUUGAAGUAAUCUGAUCAUUCCAUAGUGUUGUGCAAACAUCACUGCCACGCCUUUCUGAAUGCCAAGGUCUUCAAAAGGACUGGUUUAAGUACUGAAAUCUGUAUGAAUGGGUUACACAUGCUGUGUGUAACAGAUCUCUUCUUGGCUGCUAAUGCUAAAAAUAUAUGCUUCAAGCAGUUUAAAAGCUGGACUCUACCUUUCUGUACAAGUUCCAGCAGAAUGUAUAAAAUGUCCUUUUGACUUGCAUUAAAAAUUGAUUCUGAAGAUGGAA